AUGCAACGAAAGCUCGAGGUGCUUUGGAAAACCGUAGCUGUUUUCCUAGUCGCUUCCUCUCUGCUCUUGGGCUUCAGCUGGGAUUACACCAAUGCAAAACCAUACAUACCCAAAUGGUUCCAUUCCUCGGAUUGGAACUCCGCAAAUGAGACCGGUACCGGAACAGUGACUACUCCAUCUCCUCCACCAAGCCCGCCAUCCAACCCAAUUUUGAAAGAUGGCAAUAGCACUCUGCUCGAAAUGGCACCGUCUUAUAUCAAAGCUAUUAUGACUCCGGAAGAUACAACCUUCCCAAGACUGGCUUGUCCAGCGCCAACUGGUGAUCGUUAUCUUUAUCUCAAGGCCGGCUCCACAAAUAUGACCCACGGCCGUACUCUACGCCCGAAGUAUUUCUUUGCCCUUGAUCUCCAUCAAUGCGCGAGUAUCCUUCCACGCUUGAUCGGCUCCGUUAUUGAAAGCAUACGCUUUCUCGGUCCUCAGAACUGCGCUUUGUCGGUCAUAGAAGGCCGCUCUGAUGAUGGGACGUUCGAGAUCUUAUUGUCGCUCCGCGAGGAAAUUGAACGCAUCGGUGCCAAAUACUAUUUCAACUCCAGCGACAUCAACCCCACCGUAGGCGAUCGCAUCAAAGCCCUAGCAGAACUACGCAAUCAAGCACUCCAGCCACUUCUGGACCACGCCGAUAAAGGAACACCCACGAAUGCUACUACCGUGGUUUUUAUAAAUGACGUAGCGCUUUGUAUGGAGGACAUCUUGGAGCUAAUCCACCAACGAAAGUAUCAAAACGCUGACAUGACCUGUGCCAUGGAUUGGACUUACGUAGGACCUGACCCUACCUUCUAUGACGUUUGGAUCGCGCGUGGGAUGAACGGCGACACUUUCUUCAACAUUCCCGAAGAUGGAAACUGGAAUUCCGCGUGGAAUAUCUUCUGGAAUAAUCCCAGCGCGUCCGAACGUCAACGGACGGGGAAGCCAUUUCAAGUCUUUUCGUGUUGGAACGGUGCCACGGCGUUCACAGCAGAACCGUUUCUUGGAUCGAAAAUCAGAUUUCGAACUUCGCAUGAGCAUGAAUGCCCGCAGGGCGAACCAAAAACCUGGUGCACGGAGAUGUGGCAUUUUGGAUACGGCAGAAUCGCAGUAAUCCCUAGCGUUAAUCUUGAGUAUAGCGACGAGGCAGCCAAAAAAAUCAAGACGGCAAAGGGCUACGUCUCCAGAUGGGUAGGAAGCGCUGAUGCUGAGGGCGAAGAGAGGAUUAAAUGGGAAACGACUCCGCCCUCCACUGUUAAAUGUAUGCCAUCUUAUCAAAACCAGACUUGGCUGCCCUGGGAAGAGCAACUGCAAGCCAUCGAGCACGAAUCGCCUCCCCGAGAAGUACCGUGA